GUUUCCAAAUGUGCUAAGUUUUGCACAAUUUAAUCAAAUUUAUAAUGGACUUUUAAAAAGUCUACUAAUAGCGUUUCCACACAAUUGUUGUGACGCAAAGUCUUAAUUAUCUUCUUCACACGUUUUGUGUAGAAAGACAAUCUGCGUCAUUUUUUGAAAUAACUGAAACGAACAGAUUUCACAUACUUCCUAUCAGAAGGAGUUUGUUUGACUCCUUUCUAACAAUCCAUUAAUAAAUAAGCUCUUUCUAUCGAGCUAAUGAUCCCUCAAAAUACAAAGAUGCCAGGUUUCGGCAUGUCACUCAUCUUCGAGAGGCGUAAUACACAUCUGUAUCAUACGUAUUCUAAAGACUUAGCCCUCUACUAGGUUACAAUCACUGGUAUAACCUUUCUCACGACUCACGAGUCAACCAAGCCACCAAUUAAGGACGUCACCACCGUAGAAAACAAAGUGAACUUGUUUUUCACAACGUCACGAAAAUUCGUCUGCGUAAAAAAAAACAUUUAAAACUGCAUCAAGUUUUUCUAUUUAAUGUGUCCACUUAAAACUCCUUAAACGAAAACUUAAUCAAACUAUGUACUUGUAGUAUCAUGUAUUUGUAACUUAAUGAACGCCAAACUGCGUUUUUCAUAAAAAUACGUUCCCCAUUCCGACUUUAAUUUUUUAACAAGAGUAAAAAAAAAAAAAAACUUUACGCUUUAAUGGAAAGCAUUCCAUUUUCUAUCUCUUCUUUACAGUGGAAUUCGGCAUUGUGUUGCCAUACCCACAUUGUGAUGCUUAAACAACAUGCAUCAACUUUAAACUUACUGUGGAAUCGUUGAAACCUUCAACCGAUUAAAGUCGCUUCCUAACAAUCCUUCGGAAGUGAAAGUGCCUUUUAUGUCAUGUAACGCGCACACGGAAAUGCGUUAGGAAGAUGACGCUGAAUGGAAGAAUGGGCCGUUACAACAUUUCGAUAGUGUCCAAACGACUCGAGUUCCGCACGCAAACUUUUGCUGGCAUGCUUGUUGAAAAUAACAAGCAAUGGAGACUCUAACAUGGACGUUCUACUGCCUUGUGGCUUUGUUAGUGUGAUAACAUAUUAGUGUAAUGUUUUUUACUCUAAUGAAAGAAUGGAUUUUUACAUGCACUCUUUUGGGAAAAUGUUAACAAAAAGAUUACCAAGUUAAAUUUGAAAAAACCAAUUCUUUAUUUUUUUGCGUUUUUGUCGAGUCAUACGAAAAGAAAAAAAAAAGUACUAAUAAGAGACACGAAUCUCUAACAUGUUGACAUUUUAUGAAAAUUUCAUUCAUAUCUUUUUUUUAAUGUUUUAAUAAAGAAUGGAAUUGCAUUUUCUUAGUGAUAAUAAAUUGAGAACCCAUAAGUAUUCCUAAGCAACUGUGCCACCCUGCACGCCCGUGUGUCCGUUUGCCUGAACCACAAAUGCAGUGACAAUGGUUUAAUAACCUUAAUGAAACUGAGUUGAAGUACGUCUCAAUUUAAAGUGUCAACGAUUGACAUUUAUUGCAAUUCUUUUUCAAUCUAAACUGACAAUCCUACGUAACGGCUGCAAAGUUUUUUUUUUUUAAUUUUUUGUUUUUGACGGUUGUCAUUCUCUAUUAUCUGUGUCGUGUCAAACGUUUAAUCCAAAAAAUUAAAUGUCAAAUGAAAUUUGUAUAUAAUUAAUCUAUUUUUUUGAAUGUUUUUUUUUAAAUACUCUUUUUGAGUGUGUCUGUUAAAUUCUUCUUUGACUUUCUUGCUGCUUCUUUAAUUUUGAAACCGCUUUAUAGAAUUUUAAUACUUUUGUAUCGUUUCACUUGAUUUUUUUUUUCCCAACAUCUACCUUAAUACUAGAAAAUAUGGACUUGUGUAAUAUUUUUUUUUGUUUAAUAUACAAAGGUUUCGGGAAUUAAAUGCUUUUUUUGAAGUAAUUCCAUUUCAAAAUAGGUUUUCUAUCAUUAAAUCAACAUCCUUACGAUUCAGUUUUAAUAGAUUUUGGUGUAGUCUCCCUUGGAGUCAUUUUUCUUUUGUUUUUUCGUUUUGAUAGUUUUUUAUGAUUCGAAGAGUCACAUGUCAAUUGAUUGAAACAAGUGGAAUAGCAAUGGUCAAUAUCUUUUAAAAAGAUACCAUACUUUACAAUUUUUGUCAAUUUCAUUAAUUUUUUAUAAAGACUAUACAAGACAUUUUUUAUAGUACAAGCAACUCUUUUUUUUAUAUUCAAUUAAAAUAAUUGAAUAAAAAAGUUGUAUUUCCAUAAAAAUCCAAAAUUGAUCAAAGUGCUGACUGAAUUGAAUUUCAUCCUCAUUUUUUUAUAGUCGAUUAAAAUAGCUGAAUAAAAAAGUUGUCAUUUCCUAAAAAUCCAAAAUUGAUCAAAGUGCUGACUGAAUUGACUUUCAUCUAUUUUUCGAAAACACUCUAAAUUGUUUUCCAAAAAAAUUAAUAGCUGUAUUUUUUUUUUGUUUCUUUUAAUGAAUGCUAGGAAAACGAUUUAAUUUUAACGAAACGAUUUUAUUAUUUAUAUAAAUUAGCUACACCAUGGAAAGCGAUAAAACGGUUGAGGAAUGCCCGCUAGACAAGGAAUCAUUAAAAGAAGACAACGUGCAUGAUUUAAAACCGGAUUUCAAUGUUGAUCCGGAUUUUAUUCAAAAAACAUACCAUGCUUUACAAAAUAGUCCGAAUACGAUUUCUUCUAAUAUAAUUUUCGACGUUGUUUUAUGUAUGUGGAGAGCAUUAAAAUUACUCAAAUAUAUUGCACCUCAAUGGUCUGAGUAUACUGGUGGAACGGGAUUAUCGAAUAGUUUGUAUCAUAAACUUUCGAUUCAAACAUCUCCUUCUUUAGCAUAUCUUUUUUCUUAUUAUGCGGCUUUUGAAGAUACGUGUCUUUAUCCGUUCUUUCAUUUACAUCCAUCCAGUGCGAUGACACAAAACUCAUAUUUGCCUACGAAAAAUGCAGACGGCUUACCCGACACACAUUUACCUUUUUCUCAUACCUAUUCUGAUACGAAUAGUAUAGCAAAAAAAUUUGUGGAAAUGCUAGAAUUUCUUGAUACAAUGCGUAAGCAGAAAUCGUGUGGAUCGACCCUACAAGGACAUCGUUUUUCGUCAACAAAUGAUCCUUCUCAUCAAAAAGAUACUUCUUUUUCGACAACAUCUUUAGUGGCCGAUGAAGAACAAGGAAUGAAACCAGCGGUUGGUAAAAAUGCAACGACGCUUUUAAGCACCGAGAAGUUAUGUUUGACGGAAACAUUAAAAUUGGAUGUAGACGAAGGAAAAACACCACUUAAAAAAGAUGUUUUUGUCGGCACAGGUGGAUAUAAACCUAUGGAUAAUCAGUAUUUAUGGAAAUCAUUGAAUUUUGAAGCAUUAAUUUCUUGUUGUAAAAAAGUGUCUAUUGCAUCUCCUGUUUCCCGAACCUCAAAUUCGAGUGAUACGAGCGAUGGGCAACCCGUGUGCAUAAAAAAUGCUAAAGUCGCUCAUCCAUCUUGCGAAACCAAUGAAAAGCAAAAUAAAGAUCCAGAUAAAAUUUUGGAUACUCUGGUUUCGCUUUUUGGGGAAAUUCGCUCUUUAUUAGAAAAAGAAAAAUUAAAAACACAUCCCCGUCAUGACAUCGUAAACAAAAAUGACGUUGAAUCCACGAUUGAUGCGCGUAACAAUACAAAGAAUUGUUCUCAUCUUUCAAAAACUGUUGUUUUAAAACAAGUUUCCAAAGAAGCAUCGUAUUCUUUUUAUGAGCGUCAUUCAUGUAAAAGCCCAGUGCCUGUAACCCUUAGAAAAUCUGAGGACACUGGAUUUUAUUCGAAUGACGUUUCCUAUAUUUUUCAAACACUUCCUGUAACAACAUGUGAAACGAUAGUAACUCAUCCUUCUCCUAUUCAAGUUAACAAAGCGUUAGCAAGUCCACUUGAUUCCCAUCAUGAGCGUAUUGUUUCAAUUCAUGAAACCAACACGCAGCAACCUUUUACAAAAAACCCUCUUGUUCAUCCAAAAGAAACAAGUCUUUUUUCUACAAAUCCUUUACAAAAAGCCAAUAAAAAAAAAACACACACUUUAAUCAACUCUGAAGAUGUGCCACGCGCUACAAGUGAACCUUCAUGUAUUUUGAACGAAACUUUGCAAGAAGAGCAGAGUCCAUUUAAACAUCCUUUAUUUAGACCUUUACAAGACACGAAGAAAACACUUCAUAAAGAUGAGUCUACAUGUUUACUUCCCGUGUCAAAAGAAGUUUUUCAAAAUAUGCCGUAUGUGGAUGUUUCAACAUUUGAAAAAUAUUGUCCAGGUAACAAAACUCUUAUAUCUCAAAUGGCGUAUCAGAAGAAAAAAAUCAGUUCAGUUGAUGACUUUGGAAAAACUACAGAUACCAAGCUUUGGAAAAAAAGAAACAAGGAAACACUUAAGAAAAAAACACCUGACACUAUGGCUUUAAAUACUCCUUUUCAAGGUGUUUGUUGGGACCCAACACAUCAACGUUGGGUAGCUCAUUGGAGUGAUUCUGAAACGCAUCAACGAAUUCGAAAGUAUUUUAAUCCGAAACUUCUUGGAUUUCAUCGUGCACGACUUCAUGCAAUUUUAACAAGAAAAGAAGCAGUGGAUUCCGGUCGCGCUUCCAAAAUGACGAAAUCCGAUAAAAAUAAAUCAACCCAAGAUCAUUCUUCUUCUCAGCUUUUAGUGGAAGAUAUUAAAACACCACCACCCAUGAAACAAACAUUAAAUGAUAAGGGAGAAGCUUGCAAUGUCACUCCUCAUAGCAUUCCUAAACGUCAAAAGGUCCCUCAUGUUGUAGAAGACGAUCAUGGAAAUUAUUAUAAUGCUUCAUUAUCUGAAAAAUCAGGCUCAGAUGAAUCUUUUGAAAAUAAUUUCAAUACGGCAUCUUCUUAUGACAAUGACACGCACCAUGUCAAAAAAUCUUCUAUUCCAUCCUUACAUGUUGAAAAUUCUAUUCCAGGCAUUUACUGGUCUGAUGAAGACAAAGUUUGGUACGCUCACUGGAAACCCAAUGAUGCAUCACAAAUUCAUAUAGAAGCUUUUCCUGUGUCUGAAUUUUUACAUCAAGCGAAUAAUGAUGCUCAGAAAGCCGCGUUAUUAGCUCAAAAAGCUGCAAUGGAUCAUCGUUUAUCUUUUUGCUCGCAUCCAACCGCCCCUUUACAAAAAGCCCAACCCACCCCCACUCGUGUUACCACCCUUCUUGAAUAUAAACAAGAAAAAAACAUACAAAACUCUUGUCCAUGGCUUAAUAUUCAACUUCCUACAAAAUUCAUUUGUAAUCCUUCCAACACAGAAACGUCCCAUCCAAAUAUUUGCGAACCAUUUUUUUUCAAUAAAAGGCACCAUACAGUAUCCGAGUCUCAUAAUUGCUCAACAAACUGAAUCAUCGACUUUAAAAAUUUUUAUACAUACAAAAAAAAACUGAGCAUGUUUAAAACAAAAAUAUCUGUCAACCCCACUAACUUUUUCACACACAAAACGUGAAAAUGAAACGUUUUCAGUAUUCCUAAUAGGGAAGAAAAAACCUAUUUGUCAAAAUAUGUAGUCUUUCUCACCCUUUGUUAAUUAAAAAAAUAAACUACAAACAAAUAAAGUCUUGUAUUUUCAAACCUUUCGUGAAAAGAAUGUUUGACCUCUUUCUUCGACUGGCUGCUUGGGCAUGGACGUGACAAGAAGCGUCUCACUCGUUCCAUCGUCUCUUGUAUUAAAUAACACGCACCUGAAAUGCUUUACAACACUUUCCUUUCACGACUCAUCGAUUUACGCGUAAUAUUUUUAAAAAGAAAAACUACUGACAAAAAGUGUUUCAUUCGUUUCCGAAGUUGCAAUCACUAUUCCAAGCUAACGAAACAAGCGCUUUCAAUGUCUAUUUAUUGUCGUUUAGAACAUUCGACUCGCUAACUGCUUACGUGACCUUAUGCUGCAGGAAAAAGUAGUCUUCUGGUGCUGCAUUUUGAAUAAAGGUAUACAGUGUGACAGGCCAAGUUAAAUGUCCCGUCGAGCGUCCUGACCUUUAAAGAAAGAGACUCUGUAACAAAACUAGCUUUUAUUAUAAUAGAAAAAUAUAGUGAAGAGACUGCGUAAGGUAUUCUUCUCUUAAAAAGGCAUGAAAAUCAAGCACGAACUCUUGGUACGUGCCACCGUCGUAAAUAAGCUUUGGUCACUUUCACUAGAGCCCGCGCACUACUUUGGUCACAAGCGUGUAUGCUUAAGUGCGAUGAUCAGUGAUACUCUUACUCUUCCCAGCAUACAAACUCAGUGACAAUGCGUGUCGUGUGAAUUUAGAAGGUUUUCUUGUGAGUGAUACUCAUACGCGAAGGUACUUUAUUGAAUUCCUUCUUUUAUAGUGUGGACCAUCACUAGAGUGCGGUUCUGGUUAAUUUAAUUUUUUUUUUGAGAAAAUAAAAGACAUUCAUUAAACAUAUUGAAACAAAAGCGACACCAUCUGCAUGACGUCAAUUCGUUUGUUGUGCCUUUCAGUCGAGAUUUAGAUUGUUGAUGAGCCAAGUAGCACAAGAACUUUUAAAAGAACGAACAUUAGUCUUUUAGAAACAUUGCUAGUGUGAUCUCAGUUCAAGAUGUCAUUAAUUUUUUUGAGUUAAAAGGCAUACCCCGUUAUCACUUGAAUGAAAAAAUUAUAAAGCAACUAUUUCCAAAAGCGGUGGUGAGUGAUUAUUGCAAGGUCGUUUUAAGAGGGGGAUCUUUUAAAUAUACUACUUCCAAAGCUUUUCUACCACAAAUUACUCCUAGUGGUUAUUUGACAGAAAUGCAUGAAAAGGAAUGUUCCCUCCUGGUCCAAAAAGCAUAACAGGUCAUAAUGAAGCCGAAGGUGAUAUUUUUUAUUGUUUUUCUGAUUGUUUCUUUUAAAUGUAAAGAAUCUGUAAAUGGCCAAGUGUGUUGAUAACAUUCACUUAACUUGUUGUGAAUCGAAAGUAAAAACAAUGGAUUCUUGGGGAAUCCAAUUGCCAGUCAGUGGUCGACCAGAUGGACGUCAAUCUAAUUUUAUUUUACGUCCUCUUUCUUGUGAAAUUCAACCUUUAUGUAAUGCCCAUGGUUCAGCACGCUUUCAGAUGGGUUUCACGAGUGUUUUAGGUGCUGUGUAUGGGCCUCGAGAAGGUCAUACUGUCGAUUCUCGUGGUACAACACCUCAAGCCAGUUUAACUGUUUUGUUUCGCCCUGCUUCUAGCAAAAUUUCAGCAAAGUAUAAAUAUUUGCAAGUGUGUUUGUACAACACAUUAAAAUCUAUAAUUGAACUAAAAACAUGUCUUGACUGUACAAUUACAGUUGUGAUUCAACCCGAGGUGGAUGAUGGAGGACUUUUAAGUUGCUCCAUUAACGCCGCAAUAGCUGCUUUAAUUCAUGCUCAAAUUCCUUUAAAAUAUACUGUGAUUGCCUUAUCUAGCAUUCAAAGUAAAAAUGUACAAGAUGGCUCGUCUUUAGUUUUAGACCCAACAUUUGAUGAGGCGGGAUUAAACACCAAUGAUCUUUCAACUUAUUUAAGUUGUACUGUUAAUACAGACACUUUAAGCUUAAUCCAAUUAACUCCUGAUUUUUUUGAUACAAAAGCUUCUGUUAAUUCGUCACUCAUUUCGUCAACUCCGUGUAACGCUAACCUCACAUCCUCUUACGCGAAAUCCAGUUUUUUAGAUGUGUAUGCUCCUAUCAUUCAAGCGUGCUGUCUUGUUAAAGUGACAUUACGUGAGGCAUUUGAAAAAUAUCUAGCGACGUGUGUUGCAACGACCUUUAAUUCAAAUAAUCGAAUGGACUUACCCGUAAGCGCGCCGAAGAAAUAAAUUAAAAGUACACUAACUUGUACAUUGACAAUUUUUAUCCAUGCAAUACGUCACGUGAAUAAAAUAUUUUUUUUCCAUGCUUUCUUCACUCCUACUGAAAUGGUUGAGUUGAUUAAAAAAAAAAUUCAUCAAUACACCA